AUGACCGAAGAAGGAUUGGCUCAAGUUACACUCAGUUUGUGCGUAGCAAAUAAUUCGGACAAUCUGAAAGUAGCCAAAAGUGAAAGAAUAUGCGAUUAUUUAGAAACUGAUUAUUGGGCUUCCAUUUUACUGGCUUCCACAGAAUCCCAUGAUGCUGAACUUUUGGGAUACAUGGGACCUGAAUACACCUCAAGAAGACCAAAUCGCUCCAACUUUGAACGCUCUGAAAGUAGACGACGUAAACGAGAGAUUGUACUCGUUCAGGAAGAAAUCGAUGAAAAUGAUAAAGAGGAGAGUAAAAAUUUUCCAGGUAUCAAUAUUUUGCCUGAAAGUGUUAAAGUUUAUGAAGAACUAGACAUUAGAGACAGUGGUGAACAUAUUUCUGACACGAAACCAUUAUCUCCACACCCUCCUCCACCAACACCACCACCUAAAUCACCAUCAUCCUCAUCUCCGAGAACUUCCAACUUACCGGAGAAACGUUCUUCCCCUAAACCGCAGAGAAUUCCCAGUAAAAUUUCAAGUCAAUCUAGAGAACAAGCACCUAUAAUCGGACGAGCUGAACCACCUGGAAAGAAUAAAGCCAUAAUAAGUAACCCACAGUCUAAAGAAAACUUUGAAGAACUUAAACGUCAGUGGAACAGUAGGAUUGCUCAAAUGCAGAAACGUUUAGAUGAUCAGUACCGUGAUUCCCCAGCAGCACCUUCACAGACUUAUACUGAAGGACAUCGUGGUUCCGUGAUCACGUCUAUUUUGCCUACAAUUGAUAAGAGAUCUGAUUCUAUGACGAAAACUUUGAUUACGUCCUCUGAUCAAAGAACACCAAGUGAACACUCCUAUGAACAACAAUCUCUACCAGAUAAAACCUCAGCCUAUUACAGAGCAAAUAAGGAAAAUCUAAUAUCCAACAGUUUUGAUCCAGUAUCACCAACUUCAGGAUUGACUGGUCCUGUCACUGAACGUUGUGAAAAAGAGGCCCAAUUCGCUUACAGUCAGGCAAGACUGUGUGUUAAUCAACAGAAUAUAGGAAGGUUAAGUCCAAGACUAUCAUCAGAUCUAUUUGACCGUUGCACUCUGUGGCUAAAUACAACAAUUAACAAUGAUCCUAAACAUUAUCGAAGGUCAAGAUAUCCAAACUUAAAUUAUAAAGAAGAUCCAUCAAUUGAUAGAAAAGAGAAAUUCUUGAAAAACCAUGCGAAAUCAAAAGCGUUAUCUGAUAUUAACAAUACCAUGAAUAGCAUCCUAUUGGAUAUUAGUCAGAGUUUAUCGAAUCCUACUUCAGAAGGAUAUCAAUUUUAUCAGUCAUCAACUGAUAUAAGCUCUAUGCUCAGUCCUGAAGUUGAUAUUAGUGGUAGCGGUGGAGUUAAGAAUUUCAAAUUCUAUCUGAAUAAAUAUGUUGAACGAUCAGAAAAGUAUUGGAGUCUACCUAGAAGUCAUAUUCCAUUUGAUGAACUAACUGGUAAGGAUAAAUUAAGUGAAAACCAGGAACCAAUCGAUAUGUUAUUAAGAGAUUCACCACAGAAUAAUUUAAAAUCAUCUACUCCAACUACUGGAAUAAAAUUAGACAAAAGUUCAACGGUAAAACAUACAACAAUACCUGUGAAAUCACCUUCAGACAAUUUAGAACCAUAUAAACGCCAAAUAGUCAACAUUAAGGAUAAUCAUGAUCCUCAAAAGGAUAAGGAUACAUCUCCAGAGGAGAAGACGAAUAUUGACGACAUUUUAAAUCGAGCUUAUCAAGAUGAAAUGAAUUGGAUUCGAAAAAGACAUCAGCCAGGAUCAUUGAAAAUUGACAAGUAUAAUAGUAGUACAUCAAGUUUAGGCAUAUUGGUAAAACAAUAUGAAGAACAAGCAAGGAACACUUCAAAAGAUGAACAAAAAAAAUCAAGUUCUAUGAAGACAAAAAAGGGUAAUACAGAUGAACAGCUGAACGGUAGCAAACCUCUUAAGCCACUGAAUGAUACACAUCAGAAUAAGCAAAAGGAUUCACCUUCAGAACGUCAUCUUCAUGAUAUAGCUUCUGGAAGGAAUAUACAAAAACCUGAGAUUCAAAAAUCUGCUACAGAUACACCUAAAAGACACAUAAAAAGUAUAGAUAACAAAAGUAAGCAUGAACAACCAUCCGGUUUUCUAGAACCCAUCGACAACCGAAUACCAGUACCUGAUGCUUCAAAGCAUUCAGAACCACCCAAUCGAGUGAGUAGACAUAGUGAUACAAAAACUAAAUCUAUAGACAGAACCAGUAUCAGAGAAAAUAAAACACUCAGUAAGUUUGAUAAGGAUCAUUUCAAUGAUCCAAAGUCAAAACAGGAAAAUGAACAGGAAGAGAAACAUCAUCGACAUCUACCACCACCAUCUCCAUCACCUAUUCAUCAUCUUACUUCAAAGAAAGAUGAUGACUUAAAAAAUUCAGAAAAACAUGUUUAUGAUGUUCCUACAUCAUUUUCUAAAUUCAAAAAAGAUAUGAAUUUAUCUGACAAACAGAAAGGUGAACUUAGCCACCAAAAUCAUGAUCCAUCUCAUGAAAUGUCGACAACAUUCUCAAGAGAUUCAAAAUUUCGAAAACCAAUACAUAACAUAGAAGGUCCAAAUGAAAACUUACCUUCAGAUAAACAUCAAUCUCUACUCGGGGGCAAAGACGUAGAUGAGCCUAGAGACAAUGAACAAUCUAAACUUUCAAAGCAUAAAAUACAACCCAAUGAUACAACUGGUUUACAUGCUUUAGGAAACCAUGAACAAACUUCAAAGGAAAGAAGAAGUAGUGAAAAACAUCGUGUUUCAGAAUCAUCUAGACCAAGUAAAACUCAUUAUCACUCUUUGAGAAUUAAACAGAAGAAACCAUAUGUAGGCGGUUUAUCUACAAAAGAUGAACGUAUUUCCUCUUGGAUUGAAAAUAGUAAACAACAAACAAGACAACUAUUGGAAGAUGGCGAAAUUGACAAAACGCCUGAACUUGAACCUCAUAAACCAAAUAUAACAAGACACCGAUCUCUGAGUGAAAAACACUACCCAGGCGAUAGAAAAAUGACUGACAGUGGAACAGUAGAAAAAGAUAAGGGCAAGAGUAAACCUAUCCGUAUAGAUGAUCAUUCAGGUAAGCGAAAAAAGAAAGAUAGCAAGAUUUCCGACAAUACUACGACCAAAACACCAAAAUCCGAUCAAAAGAUUGAUGACCAGAAAAAUUCUACUCAUCAUCAAGCUGACAGUGACUAUAAAAUACAAGACAGUCAUAAAAGAUCUACUGGUAAACAAACUCAAGAUAUAAACACUAAAGAUAAGACAGAAAAAACAAAUGAACAACAGUCAUCUGGCAUAUUACAUAAACAACAUCCCUCACAAAAAGACAAAUUAGGUAUCGGAAAAAUAAUUUCUGAAAUUCCACACAAUUUGAAAAGUUCAACUUCAGGUAAAAAGAGACAACGUUCAACAGAGGGUUACAAGCAACUUGAAUCAUCAGGAAAAGAUCAGUUAGAUCCUAAAGCUAAUGAACAAUCACAUCAACAUAAAGAUCCAAAGAGUGAAGAAAAACUGCCACGUAAGUCAAAGGAAUUCAGUAGAGGAGGUCACGUCAAGAGAAGAACAGAUAGUUUACACUCCCCAUCAGCUGAUCGUGAAGAACAUCAUCUAACUCCACCGGAAAGAGAGAGCAAAGUGAGUGAUGACCGACCAGGUCACAGACGCCAUCCUCCACCUCCUCUUUCUCCAACAUAUAAAAAUGAUAUACACUACCUCGUGAUGCAACCUACGGUAAGCCUCGAACUCCAGAUUCUCAAACCGUUCCAGCAGUUCCUGAAAGACAACCAUUAA